CAAACAACAGACGGCGUCAGUUUUACCUUCAGCUUCGUCAGGACAUCUGUCGAGGUCGUCUUCUAUGCCCCGCCCACCUCAAGCCACGCCUCUCUGCUCUGAGGCUGCAGGCUGAUCAAGGUGAUGUCGGGGGGGCAGAGGAGCUGGACUUAGGUCUAAACCAGGAAGUGCAAAUAAUCUACAAGUCACUCAGCGGUGUCUCUCGUCCUCAGGCUCAGAAUCUGUUCCUGUCUCUCUGCAGCUCGCUGCCGAUGUACGGAGUCUCUCUGUUCAACGCCUACGGCGAGAACCAGUCGGAGUACUUCCUGGGUCCAACUCCAGGGGGCGUGGUCAUCUAUAAGAAUAAAGUGCUGGUGGGAAAAUAUUUCUGGCAGCGAAUCAACAAACUUCAUUUUAAAAACAAAACGUUUCAGCUCAGAGUCGUUGGAAAAAACGGUUCAGAGAAGUCGUUUUUCUUUCAUACAUCAGAUGAAUCCGACUGUAAACGUCUGUGGAGAUGUUGUGUUGAGCAUCACGUUUUCUUCAGGAUGUCAGAGUCAAAUCACUCGACACACAGACUGAGACACAACAGCUUUGCUAGUUCGCCCACUUCUCCUCGGUUGAACGUUGGCGUGCCGACAAACGAAAGUGUUUACGAACAAACAACCAAAGACACGUGUUCGAGGCUCCGCUCCAAUCACAUACAAGAGAGAGUGAGCAGUGAGCCAGUGGCGACGCAGACAGCACCACCUGCUGUUCACAGCCGCAGUCAGACCGAGUCCAUCUCGAACCCAGGUCGUGUCCGCAGGUCAGAGGGCGGAGCCAAGGAGGAGGUCGUUAAACCCUUUGCACCAUGGGAAAACAGCGGCCUUGUGAGGGGCCUGUUCAACCCAAAGUUUCCUGCAAACAUCAAAGAAGAUCCAGAUGGAGGGAGACGUCAGUGGCGGAGCAGAAGUCUGGAUGGUGAUCAGCCAAUCAGACAGCAGAGGAGGAGGAGGACUCGUUCCCGUGGCAACACAAGCAGCGGCAGCGAAUCAGAGACGAUAACGAGAAACAACGAGCGGCGCCGGAGAAACGAUCGUAAGAGUCCUGAUGUCCUCAUAUGGAAACACAUCCAGAAACAGCUGGUGGAUCCCAACACUCACCCCAACAGACAGACUGAGGAAAUACCUUAUAUGGAAGUGAGAGUAACAGGAGAGCCAAUCAGAGCACGUCAAUCUCCGAGGAGGCGGCGACAUCGUCGCUGUGCUUCAGCAUCAGACUUCCUUUCAGACACGCAGCUCGUUCCUCCUCUUCCUGUCACCAAGACAACAGGCACCGUCUGUCAAUCACCCAGCUGAGCUGCUGCCAGCUGGUUUCAGGGACCAUCAUCGGUUUUCUUAAUUAUUAAAUAUGUAAUAUGCUGCUGUAAAAAAAGGUUUUCAUCAUUUUCCUCAUUAUCAUUAAAUUAUUUCAGUGUGUACUGACAGCAGUAUUGACUGUAUAUAUGUGUGUUCAUAUAUUUAUUAAUAUUGUACAGUAAAUGUAUU